AUGAUGCGUGAUACAGCUCGAGACCUGGCGGUUUCACGUUCUUCCACCUCAGGGUUGACUCGGACUCCCGGAGCACCUUAUAGAAAGCUGACACCGGCGUUACCGCGACAGCCACCGCCUACUGCCGUUUCUACAAGUGGGGGUAGUCAUUUAUCGCGACUUACCAUCAAUAAUUUUGCUACAUUUCACGCUCGACAGAAGAAGCUUCCUCCAGACGCGAACUCAAAGGCAGCUGUGAACACGAAACUUUGGCAGUUCCCCGAACGGGUCUGCUUUAGCUGCGUCAAGUGCCGCCGUGAUAAUAUUCAAUCGGACUCGGUCGCAGUUGACUUGGUCAACGGGAUUAUUCUGUGUACCGCCUGCUUUACACGCAUUAUUCGUCCUCGAACGUACCGGCCUAGCAGAGUCGUGCCAUUUCCCUCUCUACUGUCGUGGCUGAACUAUAAGCCAAGCAAGGUGAUGGAGGUUUCUGAGGAUGUGCUCAAUCGCCCAGCAGAGGCGGUGGUUCCAUCGGGUGAUCGUAUCGCCGUACCUACCCUUUCCGGAGGGGACCAACCUUUUAAUAUAAACAAGCUCCCGGUGAUUGCGAUGAACACCGUGCCAACAUCUUCCACGGGUUCCAAAGCUUCUAAAGUCGGCUCCUCAGGAACUUCCAGUGGACUGGUGCACACAACAUCCUCACUUGAGAAUGCUGAAAGGCACCCAUGUCUUAGGCUUUGGGGUAGCUGCCAGCAUGGCGGGACGUGUUUGUUUCGCAACGCACCCUUUGAUUUGUGUCUGGCUUAUCUCAUGGGACUGUGCAGAGGCGAAGAGGAGCCCAAUGGUGUCCCUAGCGGCAAUGAGAAUACUACCAAAUGCCCGUUCCUUCAUCAAACGAUUUACGACCUUCCAAACAAAAUGAAUCCACCACCGAUGCUAAGGCAUGAGAAUGAUCUAGACGACGAAGAAAGCGUGUGGGCGCAGUGGGUUCGUCGUCGGAAAAAUAGUCUUAAUAGUGCGGAAUGGCAGUUGUGGAAUAACGGACCUCUGGAGGGAUUGUUUGACCUGUACGCACCUGUGACGGUCCAGGAGAAGGCGACAGGGGGGGACAGAGAUAAGGGGUAUGAGAACAGCGGAGCAGAGAUUAAACUUAAUUUUUCGGAUAUCAUGGCUGCCUUGAGUGAGAUCAAAUAA